ACACCUUCCUGUGAUUGCUGACCAGAUCCAAGAUGGCAGGAGUUGUAGCCAAAAGAGAGGGACCACAGUUCAUCAGCGAGAUAGCCGUGAGGGGAAACGCCGCCGUGCUGGACUACUGCCGCACCUCAGUCUCCGCUCUGUCCGGAGCAACAGCGGGAAUCCUCGGGCUGUCUGGACUGUAUGGCUUCAUUUUUUAUUUCCUCGCCUCUUUUCUCCUCUCUCUGCUGCUCAUUCUCAAGGCCGGACGCCGGUGGAACAAAUGUUUUAAAUCACGGAGGCUUCUCUUCACCGGGGGCCUUGUUGGAGGUCUUUUCACUUACGUCCUGUUCUGGACUUUCCUCUACGGAAUGGUGCAUGUGUACUAAAAUUAUUUAACCGUGAAUUAGUCCUAUCUAAUGCUACAUAAACUAAUAAUAUUGUCUGCCAUGCUGUUUGUAGAUAAGCCAUUAGUAAAAUACUUUUUCAAAUAUGAACUGUUGAUUAAACGGCUAAUGUGUCAAUUAUAAUAGAAUGAAGAAUACUGUUCUCUUAUCUUUCUGCUCCACAAUUUGUAGCGACUUUAUCCAAGAUGUAACUCGUGCUCUUCACUACAGAUAAGAGCCACAAUCAUGAUAAUGUAGUUUGUAGUGUAACAGAUCAUAAAAGAUUACACCCUAACACGGUGUAAGCACUUUGCAUUGUAUUCAUGUAUGAUACUAUGGUUAAAUAUGAUUACUGAUUAAAAUAAAUACCUCUUUACAUCUU